UGCAAUUACUCGAAAUUUUCAGACCCAAAAUGGCUCACUUCAUUACUUUUCUACUGGUACUGUCACUUUCUCUUACCUUCUCCUUGCUCCCUGAAACAGCUUCAGCUCAACUAAGACAAAAUUACUACGCUAAAACCUGUCCCAAUGUAGAAUCCAUUGUAAGAAACGCCGUUACUCAGAAAUUCAGACAAACUUUUGUCACUGUCCCCGCAACUAUCCGCCUCUUCUUCCAUGAUUGCUUUGUCCAGGGUUGUGAUGCUUCAGUAAUUAUUCAAUCCACCGGCAGCAACAAAGCCGAAAAGGACCACCCCGACAACUUGUCGUUAGCCGGUGACGGUUUCGACACCGUCAUCAAGGCGAAACAAGCGGUCGAUGCGGUUACGAGUUGUAGAAACAAGGUUUCAUGUGCUGAUAUUUUGGCAAUGGCGACUCGUGAUGUCAUUGCUCUGUCAGGUGGACCAUCUUAUGCAGUUGAAUUGGGGAGGUUGGAUGGGCUAAGCUCCACAGCAGCUAGUGUCAAUGGCAAGCUGCCUCAUCCAGAUUUCAACUUGAACCAGCUCAACUCUAUGUUUGCAGCACAUGGACUCACUCAAACUGACAUGAUUGCUCUCUCAGCUGCACACAGCGUUGGAUUCUCUCAUUGCAGCAAGUUUUCAAACCGGAUAUACAAUUUCAGUCGUCAAAGUGCAGUAGACCCGACAUUGAACCGAGCAUAUGCGACCCAACUACAACAAAUGUGUCCUAAAAAUGUUGAUCCCAGGAUAGCCAUUAACAUGGAUCCUAACACACCACGUGCAUUCGACAAUGUUUACUACAAGAACUUGCAACAAGGCAAGGGAUUGUUCACUUCCGACCAGGUUUUGUUCACCGACAAGAGAUCGAAGCCAGUCGUAAACGCUUGGGCGGCUAAUUCGAAUACAUUUAACUCCGCUUUCAUCACCGCCAUUACUAAGCUCGGCCGUGUCGGUGUUAAGACGGGGAGGAAUGGGAAUAUUAGGAGAAACUGUGAUGCUUUUAAUUGAUGGGAAUGUUAAUUUUUGGUCGUAAGUUUCUUGUGUAAACUCGUUCUUUCUUUUUUUUUUUGAGGAAAGGACAUAAUUGUUUAAUAAUGUAUCAGUAUCUACUUCCUUAAUGGACCUAGGCUCACUCCAAUAAAUAUCUCGAUUGUAAUAAGUUAAAUUUGUCAACAAAAGUCAAAGAAUAAUAGUGACGGGGGCUGAUAGCAAAUGUUGUUCGAGCCUGGAUUGGAUGUCAAAGAAAUGAAUUAAUGUUUAGUUUA